GGGAAACUUCCUCUUUUUUUCUUUUUUUGGUCUCUCCAUUCUCUAAAACUUUCUCUCAAAUUCUUGCUGUUGCUCUCUCGCAUAACAAUAUCUAAUCAUACCUUCACGUAGCUUCUCCUACUUGUCCCACUUCUCUUACUUCUUUGUCAGAUGUAAGCAUCUCACACCUGCUCCAGAUUAUAUUUGUAGUUCUUCUCUUUGUGUUCUUUCUUGAAGUGUUUUUUUUCUCUCAAUAGAGGAAAAGAGUUUUAAUUGAUGAUGGACUCGAACUUCUCUGGAAUAGUCAACGGUUACGAGUACUAUGAUGUGAGUUCCUUACCAUUACCAAACCAGAUUACUAAUCAGGGAUUUGGCGUUCCUUCAUUGAGUGAUUUCGAUCUCCGCUUGGAUCGUGUUCAACCUUCUAUUUGGGUUCCACCAACACAACAAGAUCAAGAUCUUGAUCAUCUUCUUUAUCAUGAUCAAGACUCUCCUCCAGCUUCUGAUCAUGAGAUCGAUUCAGAAAAUACUCUUUUGAAAUACGUAAACCAGCUCCUUAUGGAAGAAGAGACUCUCGCUGAGAACCAGUCUUCGUCCUAUGAUGCUUUGGCUCUACGAAAAACCGAAGAAAUGUUGCAGCAAGUCAUCACCGACUCACAAACUCAAUCUCCUUAUAUUACUACUACUAGUAAUAGUAGUGGUGAUGGUGGUGAGUAUUUCAACAGAAAUAGCGAUUCUUGUGACCGGUACAAGACAAGAACUAACUCUAAUGAGUGUGAAGUGUUGUUGUAUGAUGAUCCUGUGGGAUCAAAUAUCUUGCGUACAUUCAGACAACCAGAGAAUGAGAUUCUUGUCAGGAACAUGUUUAGUGAUACAAAUUCAGUUAUGCAGUUCAAGAAAGGGCUAGAGGAAGCUAGCAAGUUUCUUCCUAACACCGAUCAAUGGAUCUUCAACCAAGAGCAUGAGAGUAAUGAAAAAGGUUAUAUCUCUAGAGUUAGGAAGAAUCACCGCGAGCGCGAAGAAGAAAAAGAGGAAGCUAGGAGCAGUAAACAAUCCGCAGCGAAUGUAGAUGAUGGUAAAAUAACAGAGAUGUUUGAUAAAGUCUUGCUUCUUGACGAAGAAAGCGAUAACGUCUCAAGCAAGUCUUCGGUUAGUAAGAAAGAAAGAUGGCCGCAUGUGAAGACGGAGAAGAGUCAAUCUGUUGACUUCCGCACGAUUCUUAUCCUAUGCGCGGAAUCAAUUUCCAGAGGGGAUAUGGUUACAUCUGAUGAUUUGCUGAGGCAGAUAAGGAGUCAGUCUUCACCUCUUGGUGAUGCAUCACAGAGACUAGCUCAUUUCUUCGCCAAUGCCCUCGAGGCGCGUCUUCAAGGAAGCAGCGGAGCUACGAUCCUUAGUUACUACGAUACCGUAACCUCCAAGAAACGAACAGCUGCACAGAUUCUCAAGUCUUACAAAACUUUCUUGUCUGCUUCUCCGUUCAUGACUUUGAUGUAUUUCUACUCCAACAAGAUGAUUCUUGACGCUGCUAAAGAUGCUUCCGUGCUUCAUAUAAUCGACUUUGGGAUCCUUUACGGUUUCCAAUGGCCUAUGUUUAUACAGAGGAUAUCCGAGAGCAAGACCGGGCCAAGGAAGCUGAGGAUAACAGGUGUGGAGCUUCCUCAAAACGGGUUUCGUCCAACGGAGAAACUAGAGGAUACUGGUAGGAGACUGAGAGAGUAUUGCAAACGGUUUGGUGUACCCUUUGAAUACAAUGCAAUAGCGUCUAAGAACUGGGAGACAAUCCGAAUUGACGAGUUCAAGAUCCGACCAAAUGAAGUUCUUGCAGUUAACGCAGUGCUACGGUUCAAGAAUCUGCGAGAUUUGACUCCUGGAGAAGCGGAUUGCCCGAGAGAAGGGUUCUUAAAGAUGAUCAGAGACAUGAAACCUGACGUUUUUGUCAACUCCACGGUUAACGGAUCUUUCAACGCUUCCUUCUUCACCACGAGGUUCAAAGAAGCUCUGUUUCAUUACACAGCGGUUUUCGACAUGUUUGAUUCGACAUUGCCUCGGAAAAACCCGGAGAGGAUGCAUUUCGAAGAGGUGUUUUAUGGGAGAGAAGUGAUGAAUGUGAUUGCGUGUGAGGGGGUUGAUAGAGUGGAGAGACCUGAGACUUACAAGCAGUGGCAAGUGAGGAUGAUGAGAGUAGGGUUUAAGCAGAAGCCUGUGGAGAAAGAGCUUGUGGAGUCGUUUAGGGUAAAGAUAAAGAAGUGGGGUUACCAUAAAGACUUUGUGCUUGAUAAAGAUAGUAAUUGGUUCUUGCAAGGUUGGAAAGGUCGCAUCUUAUUCUCUUCCUCUUGUUGGGUCACUUCUUAACUUGUGUUACAAUCAAGUACUCUGUUGUGAAAAGAUCUAUGUUUUAGAAAAACAUUUAUUCUAAAAAAAUACAUUUUUUUACAUUUUCAAUGUAAC